AUGGCUGAAUUAAGGUUCUGUUUAUGUGCUACGUCCUGUCCCGCUGGCACAGGGAAGAAGAGUGUCCAGACGAUGUUCGUCCGCUACGACAUGCAUAAAAUGCUAUGCCCUGUCCCGCUGGCACAGAGAAGAAGAGUGUCUAGACAAUGUUUCUCUCAUCCGCUACGACAUGCAUUAAAUGCUACGCCUUGUCCCGCUGGCACAAGGAAGAAGAGUGUCCAGACGAUAUUUCAUCCGCUGCGACGUGCGCGUUUGCUAUAA